AUGUUGACAUCGCAAGUACUCAAGUUCUGCAUUGCUUCAUUCUUCAUUGUCACACCUGGACGAGCGAUCGUGUCAGGAUUGACAUUGUCCGUUCAGUAUGUGAGCACCAUUCGCUUGGUCAAGAGGUUACUGGAGUAUGGAGCUGACGAAAGCAUCGUCACUGAGGAGUGA